AGGGGGGCCAUGUUGUUAGUGAGUGGUGUAGUUACCCAGCAGCGAUGGUGUUUUGUUAAUGCUCUCCAGACGGCAUUUGGGUGAUGCUCUAUCUUUCAACGCUGUACAUACGGCCUAGGGGAAUGUUGUAAUAGCAUGUGAAUAGCAUUUCAUUGGAUUCAUUUUAAUACCGCAUUUUAAGUAUUUUACUUUAAAAGGUUUCCCCGUGGAAUGAGCGUUCCAUGCAGCAUCCUAGGUAUGAAUGACGUUGCCUGGCAGGAGACACGAGGUGGGAUGCUGCACACGAACGGUGCCCCUGAGACCGGAGGGGUGAGGGGUGGUGGCCAGGGCCCUGGAGGCACGCACCCUCUGCAGGGCAUGGACAGAGGGGCCAACCCCACCCCGGGCACACCGCAGCCACCCCUCAGCGGCCGCUCCCAGGACGACGCCACCGUCGGGUACUUCUUCCAGAGGCAGCCAGGGGAACAGCUCGGGGGCUGUGCCACCAGCAAACACCGCUGGCCCACUGGCGAUGGCAACCACGUCGAUCAGGUGCGUGCUGUGGACGAGAUGAACUACGAUUUCCAGGCCUUGGCUCUGGAGUCUCGUGGGAUGGGCGAGCUACUGCCUGCUAAAAAGCUGUGGGAAUCGGAUGAACUGCCCAAAGAUGGAAGGAAAGGGAUGCUACUGGGGGAAGAGUGGAGAGAGAACGCCUGGGGAUCCUCCCACCACUCCGUAUCACAGCCCAUUAUGGUGCAGAGGCGACCUGGCCAGGGUUUCCACGGCAAUGGAGACGCCAGCUCGGUGCUGUCCCCGCGCUCAGAGGGCGGCGGCCUAGGCGUCAGCAUGGUGGAGUACGUGCUUAGCUCCUCCCCAGGCGACAAAAUGGACGGCCGCUACCGCAACGGAGGCUUCGGUGGAGGAGACGGGGACCCAGACGGCCGAGAGAAGGGUGACCCCAAAGACAAAGCGUCCCCAUUCGAGGAAGACAAGAGUGCCGAGAUGAAGGUGUGCGAGGAGGGUGACGCUUCCAAGUCCAACGGGAGAGGUCUGCUCAAUGGCAUGGACCGUGACUGCAAAGACUUCAACCCCACCCCAGGUAGCCGGCAGGCUUCCCCCACCGAGGCGAUUGAGCGCAUGGGUCCAAGCCAGGCUGGGCUGGAGAUGAUGGGCCAGCACCACGCCCUACAGGCUGCCGCCAACGCUGCCGCCGCCGCAGCAGCAGUCGCCGCAGCGGCCGCCGCUGCUGCCGCCAACAAGCCCCAACAGGCGCCCGAGGACUUCCAGGGCCAGGAGCCCCAGGGACUGAGUGGCAUGGAGCAGCAGGGGGUGGAAGCGCUGCAGUUCGACUACGCCGGCAACCAGAUCCAGGUGGACUCCUCCGGCACCCCUGUGGGCCUGUUCGACUACAACUCUGGCCAGCAGCUGUUCCAGAGGUCCAAUCACCUGACUGUCCAGCAGCUGACUGCAGCCCAGCAGCAGCAGUAUGCCCUGGCCGCUGCUCAACAACCACACCUCGGCCUUGCUCCAGCGUUUGUGCCAAACCCUUACAUCAUCAACGCUCCUCCUGGUGCUGAUCCCUACACCGCCGCUGGCCUGGCCGCCGCUGCCACACUCGCUGGUCCUGCUGUCGUGCCGCCACAGUACUACGGAGUCCCAUGGGGUGUGUACCCAGCCAACCUUUUCCAACAACAGGCUGCGGCAGCUGCCAAUCACUCGGCUAACCAGCAGGCGUCCAAUCAAGGACAGCCUGGACAGCCACAGGUGAUGCGUGCAGGGAACAACCAGCGCCCUCUGACCCCGGGUCAAGGUGGGCAGAGCCAGCAGGAGUCUCUGGCAGCCGCAGCGGCCAACCCUGCCUUGGCCUUUACCAGCAUGCCAGGUUACCAGGUUCUGGCCCCUGCGGCCUACUACGACCAGACCGGUGCGUUGGUGAUGGGUCCUGGAGCGCGCACAGGCCUGAGUGGACCGGUCCGGCUGGUGCAGACCCCUCUCUUGAUCAACCCUGCCGCUGCUCAAGCCGCUGCAGCGGCGUCCGCCUCUGGCUCGGGCAACAACAUGUCUGGCCCGGCCAACGGCCUGUACCGCUCCAUGGGCUGCCAGCAGCCGCAGCAACAGCAGCAGCAGCAGCAGAUGCAGCAGCAGCAGCAGCAGUCCAGCGGCCUGCCCUCCAGCUCUUUCUACGGCUCAGGCUCCGUGGCGCCCACCUCCCAGAGCAGCUCGCUCUUCUCCCACACCACGGCCCAGCCGCCGCCGCCCCCCCCACAGAGCUCCUCGUUGGGCUUCAGCGGCACCGGCGGCUCCCUGGGCGUGGGCCUUGGCUCGGCGCUGGGCGGCUUCGGAUCCUCAGUGGGUAGCUCCAGCAGCAGCAGCGCGUCUCGCCGUGACUCCCUGCUGCCCAGCUCUGACCUGUACAAGCGCGGAGGCGGCAGCAGCCUGACCCCCAUCGGUCAGCCCUUCUACAACAGCCUGGGCUACUCAUCCUCCCCCAGCCCCAUCGGCCUGACCCCGGGACACUCCCCACUCACCCCACCACCCUCCCUGCCCUCCUCCCACGGCUCCUCCUCCAGCCUCCCCCUGGGCGGCCUGACCAACGGCAGCGGGCGCUACAUCUCGGCGGCGCCGGGCGCGGAGGCCAAGUACCGGAGCACGGGCGGCGGCGCCUCCAGCCUCUUCAGCUCCAGCAGCCAGCUGUUCCCGCCGUCGUCACGACCACGCUACAGCCGCUCAGAUGUCAUGCCGUCCGGCCGCAGCCGCCUGCUGGAGGACUUCCGCAACAACCGCUUCCCCAACCUGCAACUGCGCGACCUGCCCGGCCACAUGGUGGAGUUCUCCCAGGACCAGCACGGCUCCAGGUUCAUCCAGCAGAAGCUUGAGCGGGCCACCCCAGCGGAGCGGCAGAUGGUGUUUGGAGAGAUUCUGCAGGCCGCCUACCAGCUCAUGACUGAUGUCUUCGGCAACUAUGUCAUCCAGAAGUUCUUUGAGUUCGGCAGCGCGGAUCAGAAGCUUGCAUUGGCGACGCGUAUCCGUGGGCACGUCCUGCCCCUGGCCCUGCAGAUGUACGGCUGCCGUGUCAUCCAGAAGGCCCUAGAGUCCAUCUCCUCCGACCAGCAGAGUGACAUUGUGCGAGAGCUGGACGGCCACGUGCUCAAAUGUGUGAAAGACCAGAACGGAAACCAUGUGGUGCAGAAGUGCAUCGAGUGUGUGCAGCCCCAAGCCCUGCAGUUCAUCAUCGACGCCUUCCAGGGACAGGUGUUUGUGCUCUCCACCCACCCAUACGGCUGCCGGGUGAUUCAGCGCAUCCUGGAGCACUGCACCCAGGAGCAGACCCUGCCCAUCCUGGAGGAGCUGCACCAGCACUCUGAGCAGCUGGGCCAGGAUCAGUAUGGGAACUACGUCAUCCAGCAUGUCCUGGAGCACGGGCGACCUGAGGACAAGAGCAAGAUCGUGGCCGAGGUGCGCGGCAAGGUGCUUGCCCUGAGCCAGCACAAGUUCGCCAGUAACGUGGUGGAGAAAUGCGUCAUCCACUCCUCCCGUGCUGAGAGGGCGCUGCUGAUCGACGAGGUGUGCUGUCAGAAGGAUGGUCCCCACAGCGCGCUCUACACCAUGAUGAAGGACCAGUACGCCAACUACGUGGUGCAGAGGAUGAUCGACAUGGCCGAGCCCGCCCAGCGCAAGAUCAUCAUGCAUAAGAUCCGGCCUCAUAUUGCGACCCUCCGCAAGUACACGUACGGUAAGCACAUCCUGGCCAAGCUGGAGAAGUACUACAUGAAGAGUGGCUCAGACCUGGGGCCGAUCGGGGGUCCCACCAACGGCCUGAUGUAGGCUACCCCUCUCCAUCCGUCACCCAACCCACACACCCUCCCCCAUCCCAUAAACCCCUCCUUGGCUAGCUCUAUAAAGGUGCACUCGACCCAGCUGGGUUUCUCUAGACACCCUCAAUUGCUUCCCCUUGGGGGAAUUACCAAAAAAAAAAUACAGAAGAUGAUGAAAAAGAAGAGGAGAUAAUUAUAUAAAAAUAAUGAGACAGAAAAAAAAAGUUGACUUCAGCUCAUAGUACAGUGAGGUGCGACAAUAGCCUCUGUGCUUGCCCUGGUGCAGUUUUCCCUCAUGACCACUAGGGGGUGCACAGUCUGUAGGCCAUCUCUGGGUAAAGCACAACUAGCCCUUGUUUAUGAUGUAAUUGAUGUAACUGACUGGUUUUUCGUAUAUACGUAUAUAUAUAUAUAUAUAUAUAUCUUGUACAUUUUUUUUUACCUUGUAAAUUCUCUGUAGAAAACGUAUACAAAUUUGCUGAAAUUUACAAUUCUUACAAUUUACACCAGCAAGUGACUUUAUAAAGCCAAACUGAGUGAUCCUUUUUAAAAUAAUAUUAAUUAUUAUUAUUAUUUUAUUUUAUUUUUAGUACCCAUAAUUCUCAUACUAGCAGUAAGUGGUGACAUUGGUAGACCUCACCUCAUGGCCCCCUGAGUUUAGACAGUGGUACUAAUGCCAAAGCAGUUGAUUUCACACAAAUCAAUAAUCUAAUCUCCAUCUAGCGCUUCGGUUUUUGGGAUAGAUGGUUAGCACCGACUCAGCUUGCCGGCAAACACUUUGUCUCUUGUACCAUUGAGUUAGUCAAAUGAAUAUUUGGCAGAUCCAGUCGCCGAUCUUUUGCUUGGUACAGACACGGAGUUGCUCGGAGGCUCCUGGGUUAUUAGGCCUCAGCUUCCUCUGAUUUCUUACUUUUCCUUUCUUUGGAGUCAAACUCCUCAGUUAAUAAAAUAACAUCGGACUACAGCUUUGUGGUAGCUGUUUUUUUUUUGUUUGUUUGUUUUUUUUCUCUCUUUUGCGUUCUUCUAUUUAAUGAAUUUUCUUGGACAAGGAGAGGAAGUUAGCGUGAGGUCACAAACUCCCCCCACGACAGGCUACGUUAAUUCAACAUCCUGCGCUCUCUGUCUUUUCCUUUUUCGUGUGCGUGUUCUUUUUUUUUUUCCGGCUACAGUUCACUUGGGUGGCUGUGGCC